AAAGACUUUAUGCAUGUUGUAACCCAAAAUUGAGUUUUAAUCUUGGUCUUCUGUAUUGUUCUGAAUAUUUAAAAAAACAACAUCUAGGUACAUUUAGGAACAAGUAUUAUUUUGUGUCUGUUUAAUUUCAACGUUAUUUGUCCUGAAUUGAGAAGAUUGUUGUGCGACACCGUAAGAGGGCGAUGAAAUUAUAAUGUAAAGACAGUGAAUAGAAGUUCUCAGUAUGUUAGGAAAACUACACAUCCCAGGAUUCGCCGCAAUAUAAACCCGCUCCAUGUUUUUUUUUCCCCGCAUUGUAGCAGGUUAAGUGGUUCCCUGGAGCGCGCGCUGGAGCACCAGCUGUAGUUCAGAGGGAAACGCGAUGCUGACUCGAGGGCUCGUGAGCGGCUGGGUUCUGUCUCGUGCCCGAGUUUCGGGUGGAUUUCUUCAAACGACAGCACUGAAUGGGAGAAGGGAACAGCAGGAGAGACACUGGACAACUGAGGCGGCUCUGAAGCGAACCCCUCUCUAUGAAUUCCAUAAAGCUCAUGGAGGUAAAAUGGUGGAGUUUGCAGGAUGGAGCAUGCCUGUGCAGUACACAGAGAGUCACAUCAACUCACACCUCCACACACGCCAACACUGCUCCAUCUUUGAUGUCAGCCACAUGUUACAGACCAAAGUCCAUGGGAAAGAUCGAGUAAAGUUCAUAGAGUCCUUGAUUGUUGGAGACAUUGCAGAGAUGAAGGACAACCAGGGCACCCUCUCUCUCUUCACCAACGAUAAAGGGGGCAUCAUAGAUGAUCUAAUAGUGACUAAGACAGAUCAGGGUUAUCUGUAUGUGGUGUCCAAUGCUGGCUGUGCUGACAAGGACUCUGCUCAUAUGGAGGCCAAACUGCAGGAGUUUAAAGCUGCUGGUCAUGUUGUUGAUUUAGAAUAUUUGGAAGAGAGUUUGAUCGCUAUACAGGGUCCAUCGACAGCACGGGUGCUGCAGGAGGGUGUGUGUGACAACCUCAAUAAGCUGACCUUUAUGAGCAGUGUUUUGACUCCAGUGUUUGGCAUUCAAGGCUGUAGGGUCACUCGCUGUGGAUACACUGGCGAGGACGGGGUGGAGAUAUCAGUUCCAUGUAGGCGUGUGGUAGAGUUUUUGGAGAAACUGUUGAACAGUAGUGAGGUGAAACUCGCUGGCCUUGGUUCAAGAGACAGCCUUAGACUGGAAGCGGGUCUCUGUCUCUACGGCAACGACAUUGAUGAGACUACAACACCCGUGGAAGCCAGUCUCGUAUGGACUAUAGGUAAGCGCCGUCGGCAAGCGAGGGGUUUCCCUGGAGCUGAUGUCAUCGUUCCACAGAUCAAAGCGAAAACUCAGAGGAAAAGAGUGGGACUUAUGUCUAGUGGCCCACCAAUGCGACAGCAUACCCCCAUUCUCAGCCCUGAUGGCAAAGUUAUAGGUGAGGUCACCAGUGGAUGUCCUUCUCCCUGCCUGAAGCAAAAUGUUGCCAUGGGCUAUGUGGAGACGAGCUUCAGUAAAUUAGGAACUCCUGUUCAGGUAGAAGUGAGGAAAAAGAUAAUACCAGCAGUAAUCAGCAAGAUGCCAUUUGUACCUACAAGAUAUUAUACUGGACAGUAAAGUAACCGUGAACUCAACAAUAAAUCAAAUAAGAAAAAAAGUC